GGCAACAUUCGACUGAAAACGAUUUCGAAUUCCCAUCAAUGACCAAAGCACUCAUGAAGAGCUGUCUUUUCAUCGUCUGCAAGACAAUGUUUACUAUCGGUGAAUCUCAAGCAUUUCUCAUGCAAACAGAACAGCAAACACAAGAACGCCCAAUUGUCAAUCCUCGCAGGGGAAGAUUUGACACCGAAAAAUCCUCUGGGGCGAAGAACGCCGACUUGAAAUUCAACGGCACAAGCAGCAAAGAUGGAUGGAGACGGCAGCAACAAACAGCGGAGCAGAGAACAUCACUCAAUGAAUUUCAAAUGCUAAAGUUCUUUAAGAGCAAAUGGAAGCAAUUUUGGAUAAUUAACCUUAUAAACAUUUGAGCGAACAUCGCGGUAACAAAACCUUUUUUCCUCGCAGACGAGUAUGUACCGUAUCGUCCUACUGUUGGGCUUCCAUUCUCUACAUGUAAAUGCGAUGAAAUGCGUUUACGUUGGGUAUUCACUGUUCAAACUGCAGUCAUUCCUCUGAAAAAUAUCUUUGAACUCAUGUUUAAUAAGGCUCGAAACUUUUAAUAAUAAAAUUUCCACAAAGCUUGUUGCACGUGGCCUAGUGGUAAAGCUUUCGCCCGGUGCGCCGAAGGGCCCGAGUUCGAAUCUGGGCAGUACCUUUUUUUCUUCGCUUCUUUUCUUUUCUUUUCUUCUUUUUUUUUUUCUUUUUCUUUUCUUUUAGUUUUCAUUUUAGGUAUAACAGUUUUGUUAUGUUUCUAUAUAUAGCUCACAAUUUUUGAUUGACAAAUUUUCUUCUCGGCUUUACUUGCCGUUCCGCCCAAGUCCUUCGCGAGGUCCUGCGAUUUACGUAUUUCUAGUAUUAUUUUGAAAUGAUAUGUUUCGUAAACUGCCUAAAACGAGUUUUUUGUUUCAGUUUGAUGUAAUGUUAAGCAGUGCAGGUUGUUUGUUUGUUGUUGUUGUCGUUUCACAAAGCUUUUUUAAGUUUUUAAUAAUUUACUGAGAUUCUUAUCAUGCAAACCAACAAAAAACCGCUAAGAUUUAGCGCGGAAUUUCCCAUUUCUUUCCAUUACCAUUGGGCUUAUUAUAGCCCUCGCUCCAAUCACUUUUUUCGCACUUAGGUUUUAUUAGUUCGAGGCUUUCCCCGCAUCUCUGUACGGUUUGAGCGUUUACCAGUAUAUAAUUUUUUAUCUUCGUAUCUUUUUAUUUCUUUUUAGUGCGUUCAUCGCGACCUUUCAGCUAGAAAUGUCUUCAUUGGAGAAAACCUCGUGGCCAAAGUUGGCGACUUUGGAUUGGCACGUGAUGUCUCAGACUAUGGUAUUUACACCAAAAUAUCCAGUGUAAGUACAUGUAGAUUCGGGAACCGCUUUGAACUGCACAAUUUUGGGACAGCCGACAUUUUCAACUGUAAAUCGAAACAUUAAAAGAAUGAUUUACCGUGAACUGCCGCGUAUAAGCCCUGAGCUUAUGUAUCUUCGUAAAGGGUUGUAGAAGGACUUAUAAACUGACGGGCUUAUAUCCGAGGGGGGCUUAUAACCGAGGGGCGCUUAUCACCGGACUAGAACAAGCUUUAUAACAUAGUUAGAAUGUUCGCCUGAUCAAAUUUAAUGCCGCAAGAGUGCUCCAUAUUCCCAUUGAGCACACUGAUGACGUCAAUAAACUAUACCUCAAGUCUUUGUGACCAUCCUCCAAAAACGUCUCCCAAUGCAAGUGCAUACGCGAUGAAGCGCUUACCAUGUAUUUCAUAAUGUAAUUUAAGAGAAAACUUUAGAAUUUCUUAACCAACAGUAGGGAAAUUAGGUGUGUGUUGUUGUUGCUGUCAUCUGCGCGAGCUGUGCGGGCUAUGGCGUGUGCAAAUCAUUCUUUGCAAAGUUCUUUCUCUCUAGAAGAAUUUUUCUGUGAAUUAAUAGUUUUUCGGCACCCCAAUAUGGAUUUUACAAUCUUUUGUAAUGUUGUCGUUAAGUGUGUUGAGUUAAAUCUCUCUCAGUUUCAAGAUAAGCUUAAUAUAAAAACAGUUUUAACUGUCAGGUAAAAAUAUAUAAAUUAUAGUCACGUCGUUAUUGACGCGCGCUACAAUAAUAAAAUUUUAAGUGAACUGCUAUAUCGAUCGCUUUGAUAAUGUUAUAAAACAAUUAGUUCAUGUUUCAACUGUGCGUAUGUCGAGAUGUUGAGCACUUGGGAAGUUUGGAGAGCACUCGAGAGGUUAGAGUUGCUCUGAACUCUUACGUCGUUUUAGUGCUCUCCACACUUCCCGCGUGCUCAGUAUCUCGAUAUACGCACGCUGACGCAUAAACUAUUUGUUAAAUAGCAGUGCUAAUCAAAAUACGUUUAUCAUUAACUGGCUUUUUUAAUUAAAGUGUUAUAAUAAAGCGAAUUCAUUUCAAUGCAUUUGGAACAGAAAACUCACAGAACGAACAAAACUGGAACAUAACAAAUCUGAAGUUCAGACUCCAUCAUAAGAAGCAAAGUGGCAAAUACGUACUGUACACAAACAAAGCCUUUCGUUAAGCCUGUUAACUCAGUAUUGUACAGCAACUGUAAAGCAUUGAAAACUUACAGAAAUCCUAAAAAGUGCUUGCUAAAACAGGAAAAAUUAGAGGGGGGUUUAUAUCCGGAGGGGAUUAAUAUAUAGAUUUAGCCAGGGCUAAAAGCGAAGCUCUCGUUAAUAUCUUUAGUUUACUCAAAAUAUGAAAUCGUGUAAUACUUUUAAAUGAGCGACGUUGGCAACGAAGACGGUAAAAAUAUCAGUAGGUCUAAUUAGCAAAAAAAGAACUUUGCACGUGCAGCACACUUUUUAUAUACAUUUCUUUGCCGUUGUUCUGCACGACUAUAUAUAACGUGAAACUUCCAGAAACUUCCUAGUGAGACGUUCUAUGGAGGAAAUGUUGUAUGUGUUCCUGUACACUUUGUUUUCGCUGCCGCUUAUUUUUACCUUGGUGGCCGCUAGCAUUUUUCAUUUUCUCACCACCGCUAUAAAGUUUUCACGUUUUUCUUCCAACGAAAUUGGUCUCUGUUUGUUUCUUAUCUCUCGCUCUAGCUCUUUCUGUGUUAUCCACGUCAAUGUAAAGAUUAAAAAUAAGUCGAGAGAAAGAAUCGGCUUUGUUGUUGUUGUUUUUUAUUUCUAAAAGUCCGGGUGGUUAUGCAAUUUAAGCCCGGGUACUUGAAAUGAAAACUUUCACCCCGGCUUAAUUACAUGAAGGGGUGGACGUCCGGACGGACGCGUACGGACGAUUUUCUCAAAACCAAAAUGUCUUGGAUGCAUAGACAACCAAAUGUCCUUACCCAUGGUGCUCCGCUAUAAUGAGAUUUGUUUAUCACUUUUUACGGGCAGAUGGGCCUAUAACAAGGAGGGGAUAGGUGGAGAGGAGGAGGGGGGGGGCUCUUAAGGUAUUCCCUUCAACUUCUACUUUGCAAUUUUUUUAGUAUGUAAAAGGGAUGCCGGAAGGACAUGAUCGCGGGCUAUUCAAAUUCUAAAGCGAGAAUCUUUCUCUCUUCUGUAGGGUAGAGUACCUUGGAGAUGGUUAUCCUUAGAAUCGUUAAAGGCCCAAGUAUAUACUGCCAAAAGUGACGUGUAGGUGUCCAAACUGGUUUCAUCAACGAUCAGCUGCCAUACUUGAAGCAAUGAUUUUUGACUUCAUGUUUUUACAUACCGUUUAGUCAUAUUCGAUCGUGCACGUGAAUGGAUUUAUUUGACUUGUAUAUCUUUCUGUUUCUUUCGUUUCCUUAAAGAUGGUCCUAUGGUAUUGUCUUGUGGGAAAUUGCCACUUACGGUGGGUAUCAAAUAUUAACAAAUGUUUAUCGUGUUCUCAUAGCUGUUUCUUAUGCAAAAUAUGUUGUUAUCUUGGUUGUUGUCUUCAGGUGAGGAGCCAUACCCUAACAUAGAAACGCCAAGGGAUCUCAUACUUUGGCUCUCCAUGGGGAACCGGAUGUCCCGUCCCGAACAUAGCUCAGAGAAACUGUAAGUUUGCAAAGUAACGUAACUAAGUAGUAUAGCAAAUAAGGUUUCUAGGAGGGCGGAUUAUGCGGAUCCACAUGGUGAUUAACAUAUGGAAAUUGAGACAGGUAAAUAGUGACGUCAAAAGAUAGAUGCUGUGUUGAAAUCAUUCAUGUUUAAAGAGGAUAACUGAUAAUUAUUUGGAGAGGGCGUCUUUUCUUUUAAGUUUUGUAGAAAGCGGAAUGUCAAAGAGUAGACCUUCAAACGUUGUUAAUUAACUUAAUUUAAUAGCCCUUUUGUUUUCUUGGAACAAGUUCGAAGAAGGAUCGAAUAUAUUGAAUACAAUUCUCGGUUCCAAAUGAUUCGAAUUUAAACGAUUGUUGUACUUUCUGUCACCCAGCAUUAAGCACAGUUGAGAAAAAUAGUGUGGUAUGUUUAAAAACGACCGAAAUCGAUAUACUGAGACUUUGUUUUGAACUUGAGACAAAAUAUUUGCCGCUGCAUUUUUUGUUCGAUUUAAACUUCGCUUUCUCUGAACCAAACUUUUCUCCCAUUCAAGAUAACGACCUCAUCAGUAAAAACGUGUUUACAUAAAAAGUUCAAGAUGGCGACCUCAUUAUUAAACCCGCUUCCAUACUUUUUCUCUCACUGAACCCAACCCCAAUACUUUUACUACAACGGAUGCUCUUCGAUUACUCAGAGUUACUCUUAUCAGCGGAAAGGUGCACGUGCCCACCCUUCACUUAGCGUUGCUCGGCGCUGCUCACUGAUCGUUCAGCGUUGCUUCGAGCCACUUUAGAGCUGCUCUCAGUAGCGCUAAUGUGUACACUAUUUACUCAGUGCUGCUCAUCAUGGUUAUUUAACAUUGCUUUGAGCCACUUAGAGUUGCCCUGAGUAAAGCUCAAAAGGGGCUCACUGACCACGCAGUGUAGCUCUGAGCUAGUGACGUUGAUCACUCAGUAUUGCUUUGAGGUGCUCAAUAAUUUUUCUCAGUUGCUCUGAGUUACCAAGAGUUGCCCUGAGUUAAGCUCAAAGGGGCCACUGACCGCUCACAGUGGCUCUAGCAUUGCUUUCAAAAGUAAAGUAGUCCUGAGUGACUUAACCCUAAAUUAAUUAAACGGGGGAGUUUUGCGUGUCCACUUUCCAAAUCAAACGUUCAUCGAAUUAAUAUGGCGAGAGAAUGGUACAAUUUAGCUAUUCUGUCCGAAAGCAUUUAGCCGUAAGUCUAACAGCAAUCGAUACGAAACAGUGGGUUGUUCGAAACAAUAUGAUGGCGAUAGAAGGAAAAACCAACUUUUUGAAUGAGGGAGAGGGCUUGCCGAGAAUAAGAGCUGAAAAUAUUGUGAGGACGAUGUAGAAGAUGAUGUUAAUGAAGAUGAAGACGAGGACAACGAUGAUGAGUAGGUUUCAUAAUUGGGCCCAUUAAGAACUGUUGUCGUAGUUUGCACUUCUCUUCCCUCCUGUCGUUUCGCGCACCUUGUGACAGUACAGCUCCUUUUAAUCGGGCCUUUUAGAUCUGGUGUACGGCCUUUGUCAUCCUCUCCCAAGCUCCUCCCAUAUGGCAUGUCCCAGGUGGGUUGGAGAUCCAUUUAAUCACUCUGUAUGUACAAAACCCAUUGAUUCUUUGCUGAUACACUCAUCGACAAAAGUGUAGCUCCAACUUCUCAUCAGCUCUGGUAAAGUUCUUUCCACAGUCGUUUCAAAUUUUCUUUAGGAGACCUUUGAGAUUAAUGAAUUUUCUUAAGGCACUAAACAUUGAGACUGUCUUCUAGCUGUGUGCAGCUUCGAUGUGUAUGGCUCGGAAUGUUGAUCAAGUGAAUAAACAACUGUACUGCUUCACUCUGCUUUCGACCUUGUUUCACUUCUAAUGGACCAAAAACGUUCAUUCCAAUAUGCGUGAACAAAGGUUUGUGCGGAGUAACUCCCUCUUGCGGCAAAUUUGCGAUCAAUUGUGGUCCCAAUUAAGCUUUUCUUUUCUAACAGUCUUCACUACCGUUAACACUCGCGCACUACAGAACGUCCAUUUACAAGUCCAGAACCUUCUCUGAGAGAUAAAAACACAGACCCAUGUCCAAGGUGACCUACUUUCUCAUGGUGAUAGGAAAAGCAAUUAUUAGUUCUGUGACGUAGUCAUCCCUUGGACGAAUGAAAGGAUAAUAAUCCACCUCUCAACUUCUGGCCUAACUUAAAAGUUGAUGAGCCUUUCCUCAUAUAAUCCUUUUGGCUUGUCUUUCGUCCGACAAGGUAGAAGGUGCGUUAAAUAGCUCCAGGAACGCAAUUACCGUGAAAUUCCGAAAAUAAGCCCCUGGGCUUAUAUUUUUCAAAGGCCCUUUUUGAGGGGGGUUAUUUUUGGCGGGGCUUGUAUUCGGAGGGGCUUAUCUACGGAAGGAAAUUUGAGUCUCAAAAUCGAUUGGGCUACCCUUAUAGUUGGAAGGAAAUUUACCGUUUUUGCUUUGUUUUACUUUGUAUUUGAGGGCAAUUUCCAAGUACAAGCGCCUCGGGGGGCUUAUAUUUGGAGGGGCGAUUUAACGGAGGGUUUUUUGCGUUACGAGUUUGGAGGGCUUAUAUUUGGAGGGGCUUAUAAAUGGAGGGGCUUAUUUUCGGAAUUUUACGGUACUUCUUUUUCAGCCUUAUGACGUUCUUCCACUGUAAGACUCCCGUUUAAAAACCCUCUGUUACUAAGGAUGGCGUACUGGUUUUGACGCUUCCCUGUUUCUGUUCGUAAACUUUACUACAUCAGCCAAGUAAAUGCUGUUUAUAUUUUCCACCAGAAAGAAUAUUGACAUAUUAACUUGUCAAGAGGAUUCUAAGAAACAGUAGUGGCGUAAAUAUUGCUUUCCCCCCUUACUUUGGGUCACUAUAUAUCAGUUCCGGGACUUAAAUUAUUGCAGGCCAGCGAGCCUAGUACUUCCAUACGGAAACGCUAGUCCAUUCAGCCAUCGACCAUUCUUCGUUAGUUCUUCAGAUCAGUCUUUGAACCUAAUCAUCCGCCGGAAUGACAAGCCCCUACUCUUAGAGUGAUAAUUUGCUCCAGAUAAUAGUAAGGCGGUUUGUCUCAAUCAUGUGGAAGCGCUUCGUGUCACUAUUGCUGCAUUUUCAGCACAGUUUUAGGAUCAGUUCAUUUUUAUCAACUUGAUCUAUCCUGGUCUCUAGCUCUUCUCGUAUGGCUGGCUCAGCUUUACUGAGUCAACUCCAAUCUUGGUAUUGUGAUUUCGUGUAUGGGAGCCAAUCUUGUCUUUCCCAUAACGAAGCUACGAUGGAUUCUACCGGCGUUGAAAAAGCACAGAUAGUCUACUGCUCCAUAGCCCACGAGAGAUCCAUCAGAGACGAUAUGCAGCUGCUGAACACUCUUUACUGAAAUGAAAUCCUUAGAUUUCAGGCACCUGUCAACAUAAGAUUUCAACUGUGGGAAAUCGUCAAGCCAACGCGACCACUGCAGUUUCUCAGGUUCAUAAAUCAUAUUGUGCCAUCUUAAUUUUUCGCGGCAAAGCUGGUCUCGUUGUAGUAGCUUGGCUUUUAUCGUAGGGAGCUAUAAAGCCCAGUGGAUCAAACAGCGAGCUAAGGUAAGUUAAGGAAAGAACUUUAUUUUAGCACGAUAACAAGAUCAGCAUUGCUGGUGGGGUCGUGCAUACAACAAUUACAAGUCUAGAAAAAUAAGCAGUACUGAAAGCAAAUGUACAAUUAAAAAUUAAAAACUGUUAAAAAUGUUUGUAUCCGAUAUUUCAGUUUUUAGUUGUUGCUAAAAUAGGUUGUGAAAAUGUACAGUUGAAAAUCAAAACUGUUAAAAAUAUUCGUAAUUGAUAGUCUAUUUUUAGUUGCCGCUAAAAUAGGUUCGAAAUUCAUUUUAUCAGUAUCAAAUUUUACAAGACAGCGUUUAAGUUCUUUCAAGGUUUUAGCGCUUGUUUGUUAAAGUGUUCCAUGUGAUUGCUCCUCUAAAGCGUAUGGAGUUCCUGAUAAAAUUUGUUUCUGGUCUUGGGAGAAUGAUGUUCUCAUUUCUUCUGCGUCCUAAAUUCCUCUGUAAAAACAAAUCUUUAAAUGCCGUGACGGUGUAACCUUUUAAACACUUGAAGACAAACUCCGUUAGUCGCAGUUUGUACAUUGUUUCCAGACUGUCCCAUCGAGUUCGCUUUAAGACAUCCUCAGCGCUAGUGUCCCAUGACACCUCAUAUAUCAUCCGUCCAGCCCUUGCAUGGAGUUUCUCCAGGUUGUUUAGGUGCGUCUUGUUACACGAUCUCCACACUGUCAGACCGUAUGUAACUGAUGGCAGUAUCACUUUUGUGUAGAAAUCUUCUCAUUGCUUCUGAGGGAGGAAUUGCAUGCGUCAGAGUAGACUUAACGUGGAUGCGAAGGACUUCGCUACAUUUGCAGCAUGAUCUGACCACGACAACUUGUCAUCAACUUGUACUCCGAGGAGUCUUUCUGAGGUUGUCCACUUUAUAAUGUUGUUGCCAAGACGAAGAGCUUGGAUAGGGCCAGUAAAUGUUGAUUUGCGCCGCAUGAUCAUUGCUUUACAUUUUUCUGGGUGUGGUACCAUCGAAUUUCUGUCGCACCAUUCCUGGAGUUCAGCUAGAACAUUGUUUAGAGAGUGUUAGCAAAUCCAUCGUUUCUGCGAUACAGUAUAUUGUUGUGUCGUCUGUAUACAGAUAGCUUUCCGCAGAGCGUAGUGAUUGUGGGAGGUCGUUUGUGAAGAGCGAGAAUAGCGUGGAUCCGAGAACCGACCCUUGCGGCACUCCGUGAGUUAUAAUGUGUAUAUUGGAGUCGCAUCCGUUGAUUCUGACGAAUUGUCUUCGUUCUGUACGGUAGUUCUUUAACCACAGCCAGAUAUCUCCUCUGAUUCCGAGGUCGUUCAGCUUUUGUAGUAAUAUAUUGUGCGACACUGUGUCGAAAGCUUUAGUGAAAUCCGCAAACAGUAUUCCCACAAAAAACUUUCUUUCUACUGCUUCUCUCCACCUCUCAGUAAGGUGUAUUAAAAGCUGUUCUGUUGACUUUCCCCUCCUAUAAGCCCAUUGUCUGUUAUCAAGUAAAUUUUGCGUAACCACGUGAUUAGUGAUAUUACUUGCGACGCAGGAUUCCAUUAAUUUACUUGGUAUACUGAGCAUAGACAGUGGUCUGUAACAAGUUCUGUCUUCCUCUCGUCCUUUUUUGAACGCUGCACUGAAUCUAGCUAUUUUCCACUAGUCUGGUGGCUUGCAGGCUUCAAAACUCUAUUUAAACACGCUCGUGAGAGAUGGUGCAAUAGACAUACCCGCAUACUUUAAAAGACGCGCAGAUACGCCAUCUGGCCCCGUAGCUAUCUUCACUUUUGACUUUCAGAACUUUUCCUCGAUUUCCUUCUGACUAAUCGUGAUGCUGGUCAUAGUCGGCGUAUCCACAUUCUUACGGCAAGUUUAAAAAAGAAUGGAAGUCCUGUCUUCUAACCAACCAAAUCUGACCUUAGUAUAUGUUCUUUCACUGAUAUUAUUUGAGAUUUUAUUCCACUCUUUACUGCUGCCAAUUAUUUCAAUAUGACGGUGUCCAACAAGAAAGCUCUUGCUACUUUGGACACCGUACACAAAUGAACUUAAUAUCUUUUAGUUAAUUAUUAUUUGUAGCUACUUUAUUUUCCUAGUAUGUACACUUUUGUAAAUAUCUUGUAUAGUGUGAAUAAAGAAUUGAAUUGAAUUGAAUUGAAUUGCAACUGUGCAGAAAUAAUCGUUUAACAUAGUUGCCUUUUCAGUGUCAUCUGUUGUAAGGGUUCCAUCGUCCUUCUUUAAUUGGUGGGCUUGUCUGUUUACUUUUGUCGUUCCUGAUGUCUUUUUCAGUAGUCUCCAGUAAGCAGCACGGAGUUUGCCUCAUCGAAUAGAUUGGAGUAAUAAUCGGCCUUGGCUUUUUUCGUCGUUGUUGAUACUUUAUUUCUAAGUCUUUUAUAAUCAUCCCAUAGCAGUGGAUCAUUUAGCUGACGCGCCCUUUUCAGAGUCUUGUAUCUUUGAUUCAUGGUUAUUCUGAUUUCCUUUCUUAUCCAAGGCAGGCUUUUACUGCGUACUUUAAUUUGUUUUAGUGGUGCGUGCUCGUUGCAUAAUUCUAUGAAGAGCAGGUUCCAUGCGUAAUAAACAUCAGUGGGAUCAUCAAAAACUUCGCAGACUUGAAAAGGCGCACGGGCAAGUCACUUUGAAAGUUCCUUUCGUUAAAUUUGUUGAAUUUCCUGAUGGUAAUUAUAUUAUUUUAGGCGGGUCUCCCGGGAUACUGGUUGAUAAGGUUGCAUAAAUCAUGUCGUGAUCUGAGAUGCCCAGGGGACAUGUGCCCUUUUGUUUGACCAGAUCUUUACUAUUGGUGACAAUGAGGUCAAUCCACAUUUCAGAAUGGUUAGUGAUUCUUGAGCUAACAGUUGCUUGACCCUUUCUCCACAAGAUGUUGAAACCUUUCAGAUGCCUUCUAAGUAAACGUGUCCGCUUCUUCGUCCCAUUUCAAGCCAAGUGCACACUCGGUUGGCAAUUCUUGUAUGUCAAGAUUUGCCAUAGAAACUGCUCUCUCGGUUUCCGGUAGUUCAGCUAGUACCUUCUGGUUGUUACUUAUCCACUUUUUCAAUCUAAAUCCGCCCCUUGUUAGCAACUCUCGUUGCCGUGUCGAAAGCCUACUUCGGUCUUUGGAGUAGUAGCAGACUUAAUCAAAUCAUCACUUUCAUUUUUCUUUCCACGGUUUGGACUACGUCAGGAACAAAUUCCGUUACAUAAAUCGAAGCACUCUUCUUUAGACUGAAGUUACAACACUGGGCAAGGGCGUUGCACCAAACAAAUGUCUCACCAUUCGGUAUUCUUGUGGCUGCUCAAUGAGUUGACCGUCUGGCAACACAUCAAGGCCUCUUGGAUCGAGAUACUAACCUUGAUGACGAUACCGGCUCUAUAUGGGCUGCGAUGGCUAUCGGUAAUUGGUUCUCUGAUCCGUUAACCAGAAACGUCGUCGCUUGGAAGUUUUCCUCGUUUUAACUGAGUUUCCUUCGUGAACACAAACGUCAAUGGACAAUCAAUCUUCUUUCUGGUCUUCUAUUGGACCCAUAAUCACAGUCCAACCAAAACCGUACCAGUCUUUAACUCGAGCGGGAGGGAAAGUGUUGGUUUUUCUUCAAACUUCUUCGUCUUCAACAUUGGGAAUGUCAAUGCUCGUAAACGAAAUGAGGACAGCGAGCAAGGUCUCCUCCCUUUGCGAUGCAACUUGUUGAGUUUGGCGUGUAACAGUCUUUACUUUUCCCCUGACUUUGCACAGUUCCACUUCAACAGAAUCAUCCAUCGACUUUACCACAAGAUCCACCAUUUAUAAACCAACUUUUCCGAGCCCUUCAUUCCUGUCAGCGUAAAUUCAAAUCUUUGUCCAUCUUAUUCAAGCUUCUUUACUAAAAAGGCACAAUAUCACUUCGGAGCCAUUGUCAGGAGGGUAGUAUGUUUCAAUCACUCUAUCACCUCGUUUACCUCGAACCUUGACUGGGAUAACUCCAAGACACACCGGCGUUUCUCCGCGUACAGUAGCAGUUACAGCAAUUCCAUAAUCAUCACCGGCCCCAGUUUAUAGAUCACGAACUAGAACAGAUACUCCAGGUACAGCUCAGAAUAAAUAAUAAUAAUAAAACAAUAAUUAUCCACUUGUACAUAACAUACUUCAUUUGUCCAAAACAACACAGGCUAGUGCGAAAAUUUAUCUCUUUGUACUAUGUCAUAUUCUUGAGCCGAAAGUCUGGCAGUGAUGAAAAAGUUUCAUUCAAAUUUUGAACCUAAAUAUAUUACACAACAUUCCCUAUGAAAUUAUUAUAUAUCAUAUUAUAUAAUUACUAAAUUAUAUAUCCCAGAAUACAGUUUUUUUAGGGUUUUCAUAUUGUUUGAUCUCGGUGUUUUCUUUGGUUUGCUCGCCCGAGUUUAGUAUGUGCGUGAGAUCUUGGGUGGCUCGAUAAGCACGCUCGUCGCGCACGCUUAAAAAAAACCCUCUCGUAUUAGCCACCUUAAAUCUGAAUAGUUCCCUCUCUGUGAGAAUGUCCCACUGACCCUACCUAAUAAUAACAGUUAAAAGAGUCUUCUAUUUUGUUAAAGGAGGGGUUGGGUGAUUUAACGAGAAAACAAAUUUCUUUAACACACCAAAAACGAAAGAAAAGAGAGUUACAUCGAGCUAAAAUUCUUACAGCAAAAAAACAUAGGUUUCAAAAAGAAUUCUUGCUUAAACGACAUCAACCUCCAAAACAUCCUUUUUGUGAAAUUAUUGGUUGUAGGUACCGCGAUUAGCCGCGCGUUUAACCCUCAGACGUACACUCAAAUUCAUAGCCCCACCGUGGUACAAGGGAAGAGAGGGUUACCCCUCCCCUGAGUUUUAGAUAUGUUGCAGUAUUUCGAAACGAUUUUGCCUUCAGUGGAAAGCCUUUGAUCUCCUUAACAAGACAAGGUAUAUUUUAUUGGGUGGUGGCGCCGCUGGGAGCCUGUGACGUCACCAACAAUGGCCGCCAUCUUGGAUUUUACCAAGAAUUAGAAAUCGGGUUAAAACCGCGAUAAAUGGUAAUUUUUCUGUUCUUGACAUGUAAAAUAAUACAUAAAUAAGCACUUUGCAUCAUUUCAUCCACAAGCUUUACUUUAAUUGUUGAAAGAAGUUGAAACAACAUUCAUUUCCACUCAAAAAUGGCUUGACCACCUGCUUGACCGCCCACUACUUAUGACGUCAUAUCUCGUAACCAUAGUAACUGAUGUACGAACAGCUACUGAAAACGUCGGGUGCUGAUGUUUUAUCGUCUAGGAAAAAACUUUUAAAAACCCUCAGAGGUAGGUGGGGUGGCAAUUAGAGAACAUGACCUGGUCAAGAUUUCCAGUUAACUAAUUAAAAUUAAUCGGUUUAAAAAAUUAGAUGGGGCCACCUCUUUUCGGUGAUAACCCACCCUUAACCGAGUUAUGCAAAUUAAUACGAAAACAAUGGAUUUCCGUAACCGGGUCAGGGUUUCUUAAACCAUCUUGCCAGAUAGUUUAACGCUAUGUAAACACUAUAUCUUUUCGUGCGGACACGAAAACAACUCUUUGUAACGAAACUCUUUGGAAGGUUCCAGCUACUGCUACGGUUAUUCGUAUCCACCUCACUAUGCGUCGCAACCUUUAUUGAGGUUUGAACCAAGCUUUUCGCAGUGUUCCACUUUAGGUGUGUAUCCUUCGCGCUCUGACUCGCCAUAUUCCUGAGUCUAGUAGUGAAAGGUCUUCAUAUACGGAGAACACCAUGGUCAGAGGCUGAGGAAAAGAUUUUAAUCGAUCUCUGAAAGGAAUCCAGAGCGGCACUGAAAGGGAAGGACAGCUCCAAAAAUUAACAACCUCGUCCCCAGGGCGCUUUUCCCUGGCUUUGGAGGUCCGUCCCACCUCCAAAGCCUGGGAAAAGCGCCCUGGGGACGAGGUUGAAAAAUAAUUAGAUUAUUCCUCAAAAAGAAUAGGAAUAGGUAGCAACCUUGCUUAAUGAAUAAUUUAUAAAUAUUUGCCUCUGUUAUUUGCAGGUAUGAAAUAAUGUGUUUAUGUUGGAAAGAAAAUCCUUUGAUGAGACCCACAUUUGCUGAUAUCACUAAGCGAUUCCCAGAUUGUUUACAAACAUAUAAGGUACAUUUUCUUUUUUUUUUCUUUCGUUGUUAAUUUCAUACUGAACGUUCGUUUCAACAAAUCAUUGGUUUUCCAUGCAUAGACCGUUGCCUUUCUCCCGUCAGCAAAGGUAUUAGCUCCAGGCUUGGGUCGACAAAAUGCCGUGAUUUGUAUAAAAUUGUCCACACAAGUCCCGACCUCGGUUUUAUCGCGCGGGCCUACUAGAAAGGAUCGUGGGGAAGUUCUAUUGCCUUACUGCUUUUUAAAAGGCAGAGACAACGAGGGAAGAACUCUCUCUGACACUCGACGUGCAUGAAAACACAAGGAGACUCCGGCACUGAUAUAAAUAAUUGGCCCUAAAUAAUAAUACUCAAAUUCCACUUUAUUUUUAAGCAACCAAAAGGUUUUAGUGAAAAAAGAAAUAAAUUAAUGAAAUAAAUAAAAAAAGAACUUAAGAGAACGAUGGAUGGCUAUGUAGCCAGUGGAAUGUUGUUACGCCAAUCGGUUGUGGCCGUAGUUCGUCAAUGACGCAUGAAAACGCAAACAUUUAGCGAGGCCGUCUUUCUGUUAAAAUCGCUAUUGAAUCCGAGUAAAAUUUACUUCUCGGGCUACUUAUCUUAAUUAACUUUGGCUUAAUUUUGGUUCUUCUGUGACAUUAUGGAGAUCAACUAUUGGGGGUCCAAGAAGAACGAAGUUUGAAUUCGUUAACUGAUACCUAUGUAAUUUGACCGAAUUUCUCACCUGAAGAGCUUAGCAUAGACAUUUUCCGACAUGCUACAAAAGCACAAGUUUCAUUAACAUCGCUUUGGUACACUUGUAGGUGAAAUGAUGACUUGUUUGUUUGUUUGUUUGUUUGUUUGUUUACGUUUAAUUUAGAACAAUUAUAUGAAUAUACUAAAAGAAGAUGAUAGAAGCGUCUCAGAAGUUUCAUUAUCGGAUGGUGUUUCACUGAGCAGAACCGGGAACAUGACCACGACGGUUUGACAAACGAGGAGAGGCCGCGACGAGGGAGUAUAAGUAGUUGACGCUGGAACAAACAUUAAAGGUCACGUAAACAAACGUUUUGUCCGCAGAGACUAACUGAGGGGAAAAAAUGACGUUUUAAUAGUAGUACUAGUUGCAUUCGGAUUAAGAGUAAGAGUAAGAAGUUUAUUGUACACUCCCCCGCGGGGCUUUUCAGUGAUACAAGACAAAGCUAUAAUUCAUCAUCAAGUAUAUAAAAUAACUGCCU